GGCCGCGGGGGGGGGGGACGACAGUACGAAAAGGCGGCGCGCGGGCCGCAGCGGCAGCUCCUCGGCGGCCCGCAACUAACAGCGAGCGCCCCGGUGCAACCCUGGCUUUCUUCCCGCCGGACACCCUCGCCCCCUUCACCGUCCGCAACCAGAAGCCCAGCGCAGCCCCCGGAGCCCCCUCUGCACCGUCUCCGCUCCCCGGACCGCGUCCCAGGCCGCCCCGAGAUGACCGCGACCGGAGCCCUCCUGCGCGUCCUCUUGCUCCUGCUGGCUUUCGGCCACAGCACCUAUGGGGCUGAGUGCGACCCACCCUGCGACCCCACAUAUGGAUUCUGCAUGGAUGACAAUGUUUGCAGGUGCCAGGCCGGCUGGGAGGGAGCCCUGUGUGACCAGUGCGUGAAGGCCCCCGGCUGCAUGAACGGAGUCUGCAAGGAGCCAUGGGAGUGCAUCUGCAAGGAUGGCUGGGGUGGGAAAUUCUGCGAAAUAGACAUUCGGGCUUGCACCUCAGCCCCCUGCGCCAACAAUGGAACCUGCGUGGACCUGGAGAAAGGCCAGUACGAAUGCUCCUGCCUCCCUGGUUUCUCUGGAAAGGACUGUCAGCAAAAGGCUGGGCCCUGCGUGAUCAAUGGUUCCCCCUGCCAGCACGGAGGCGCCUGCGUGGAUGAUGAGGGAGAGGCCUCCUAUGCUUCCUGCCUGUGCCCCCCUGGUUUCUCCGGCAACUUCUGUGAGAUCGUGACCAACAGCUGCAUCCCGAACCCCUGCGAGAAUGAUGGCGUCUGCACCGACAUCGGGGGCGACUUCCGUUGCCGCUGCCCAACUGGAUUCAUCGACAAGACCUGCAGCCGCCCGGUGAAUGCCUGUGUCAGCAGCCCAUGCCUGAAUGGGGGCACCUGCGUCCAGAGCGCCCAGGUGAGCUUCGAGUGUCUGUGCAAGCCCCCGUUCAUGGGUAACAGGUGCGCAAAGAAGCGGGGGGCCAGCCCUGUGCAGGUCACCCACCUGCCCAGUGGCUACGGGCUCACCUACCGCCUGACCCCUGGGGUGCACGAGCUGCCAGUUAAGCAGCCCGAGCAACACAUCCUGAAGGUGUCCAUGAAAGAGCUCAACAAGAGUACCCCUCUCCUCACCGAGGGACAGGCCAUCUGCUUCACCAUCCUGGGCGUGCUCACCAGCCUGGUGGUGCUGGGCACCGUGGCCAUCGUCUUCCUCAACAAGUGUGAGGCCUGGGUGUCCAACCUGCGCUACAACCACAUGCUCCGCAAGAAGAAGAACCUGCUGCUGCAGUACAACAGCGGUGAGGAGCUGGCGGUCAAUAUCAUCUUCCCGGAGAAGAUCGACAUGACCACCUUCAACAAGGAGGCUGGCGAGGAGGAGAUCUAAGCAGCAGCAUGCCCCCAGGCCCCUCUAUCCUAUCGGGGUUCCGCAGAGCUCACUCUAUGCGGUCUGUGCUUCUCUUGUGAUGCAGUUUGCGCUCUUUUUGUGUGGAGUCUAGUGAACGCUAUGCUUCCAUAUGCUUCCCUUGUGUCGCUGUGUGCCACGCUGCCAUGCUAUCUUAAGAACCCCGUUUCUCCCUAUUAAUGCAUGAUAACGAAUAAUAAUAAGAAUUUCAUCUCUAAA